GGGUAGAUGAGGCAGGUCCAAGCGACGUAAGUCAUACGUACCUGUCCCGAAGAGUCCGCGUCAGCUGGACCGUGAGAUGCCCCGUCGGGCACCUACAUCUGCGCAAGGAAUAUCGAUCAGCGGGCGGUCAGGACCAGGCUGUAUCUGGAUGUCUCUUCAAGGAGCGGAUGGGCGUCACUGCUAUGCGCGACUUCGGCUUCCCAGCAGUCGAGUCUCAUGCGGAAGCUCAGAGACUCGAUCCCACAUCGACGGCUAGAUGCAGCGUUCUCUUGGUUUCACCUGAAGUAACCUGUACCUCCUCGACCUUCCCAUCCAACCUCCGUAAACAUGUGUGCUAUGCACAGGGGGCUACAUUUGCCGAUGAGCGUGUGCCACAUCCGAAGCGGCCGAACUGUCACUGGCACCGCGGUUUGGGCACUGAUGGUGGAUGGCUGUUUCAAGGGAGGCGCCCCAUGCAUUUUCAGAAGCCUACAAGAAGUGGGCGUGGGGCUUACAUCCACAUCAGACCUGCACAAAGCGUCGACGUGCAGGCUGUCGAUAGCAGCCUUGCUCUCAGUUUAAAUCCACUCAAGACGCUGUGGGAAAGAGUGCGAGUUUCUUAUCUCUUCUCGUAUCACCUCUCUGUCGCGUCAGCAUGGUUUCUGAAAGCUCCGAUACAGACAGUGAUAUUCCCGCACUCAUGGCCAGCACAGGUGGUCUCUCGGACGACGGAAGCACGGCGUCGACAACGUCGUCCCAAGAUAGUUCGGGAGGGCCGGGCCUUCGUGGCCUCUCAAACAAGUUGCAUGCCUGGGACCAACAGGGGGUUCAGCGGGGAUUGCGUUCACAAAACACUCUUGCUCACGUUGUGGCGUUGCGGUCUUCUGCUGGUGCAGAUACGGCGAGCCCUCCGCCCGGUGAUGAUCACCCGUCGCGCGGCUCACCUUGUCGUUUAGUUGAUAAACUGUCCCAGUUCUCGCUGCAGCUGCUGGUCAUGGAUUUACUAGUGCAGGAACUCUUGAAAAUUGUCGAGGACACCCAUGGCGACUCUGGCACGGCUACGCAGGAGGAUUCGCGACGCGAGGCACCCGAUUCGGAGCAGGCGCUCUAAAGAAAGAACUCGAUAUAGAUGCUUGUAUAGUGACUGCUAGACACCGUCGUUCAUAGUUCUGGAAUAAGCUCAUCGCCUGAUCACGACAGUGGGUUUGAAUAUCGAUGUCGGCUACUAGUGGAUGGCAUCUAAGACGGUGGCGCCCAUACUCAUGGCAUUGGCGUGUUCUUCCAGUCUUGCCCGGAUGAAGCGAUAACGCCAAAAGAAGUCUGGUAAUUCCAAUAUGCC